UGAGCCUCAGUUUCCUCGUCUGUAAAACGGGCAGUAAUGCCAAGUGUCCAGGAUUGUGUGAAGGAACACAUUUCAGACAGUCCUGAUGGCAGGUGCUCCCCAAUGAUGGCUAUGCACUACCUUAAACAUUUUAGGGAAAGAAUUCUAAAGUCUUUUUUUUUUUUUUUUUUUCCCCCCUUUUUGGCCACCCCACAGCAUCUGGAGUUCCUGGGCCUGGGAUCCAAUCCAAGCUGCAGUUGCAACCUAAGCUGCAGCUGCGGCAAUGCUGGAUCCUUAACCCACCAUGCCAGGCCGGGGAACAAACGCGCAGCCCAGUGCCCCCAAGACACCACCAAUCCCAUUGCAUCACAAGGGGAACUCCAAAAAUUUUAACGUCUUUUGAAAUUAGGAUUUCACAAAAUGGUGAUUUGGUUCCCCGUGUUACUGGACAUAUCAUUUGGGAAAAGACAGGUAGAAGUUUGCUGGCCCCGUCUCAGAAACAGCCACUGUCAACAUCCAAACACCCCCCGACUCCCAGGAGGUAUCUUGGGGGCCAGAGGGUGGCGUGCAGCAGCAGCCCUCUUCCUAGGCCUCCUGUCCAAAGGAGGAGCCCGCACAGGCGAGGGCCAGGCCUCCGGGUCCCCACAGGCACAGACAGCGCCCCAUUAUGAGGCAGCCUGCAGCUGUGCCCCGCUCAAGAUAAAGGCCAUGAUUUAUUCCACACGCCCAAAGGGGCCCUCAUUAUACAGGGCAGGACACAAGAACCCUACAGCAAGUGUCCUGAAAGAGUCCCCUCUCAUUUGAUCAAACAACACUCCUCAGCCUCCCACCCCCCCUCCCCAAUUCACAAGACCCCCCCUCUGCUGAUGGCCAGUGCAGGCUUGGGAGCCCAGGGCCCAUUGCCAUGGCAGCCAGCCCCUCCCUGUCCCCCUCCCCACGGGUAGGAAAUUACCCUGUUCUGAAACGUCCUGUUGUGUCUGUCAGUCCCAGCCAGGCCCCCACCCAGCCGGCGCCCACUCUACAGCUUCGAAGACAGUCACACACUCGGCCUCUGUGACGCUCGGUGGCCAAGCUUGGGGGAUGGGGCGGGUGGGGGGAGAUGUCGGCUGGGAGACACUGGAAUAUUCACGGCCCAGUGGCAGCAGAGGCAGCCGUAGGAGUGGCCCGUCACACAGGGGACCCCUCAGGAAUGAAGCGGCCUUUCAGGGCCCGAGGGGCUGCAGCCUCCCCUCCUCUCCUUAAAUAGCCAGCCAGCCUCCGCCAGAGCUGCACGGAGCCCCCGGCCAGCACCACCACCCACAGGCCGCAACCCACCUGCCACACGGACCGGCUGUGAGAGGUUCUGUCCCGCGCUCCACCUCCAGCAGAAGCAUGAAUGGCCUGGAAGCAGCCUCCCCAGAUCUGACCGCCAACACCUCCCUGGUAUCCACGGAGCAAUGUGGCCAAGAGACACCGCUGGAGAACAUCCUCUUCGCCUCCUUCUACCUCCUGGACUUCAUCCUGGCUUUCGGGGGCAAUGCCCUGGCCCUGUGGCUUUUCGUCCGGGACCACAAGUCAGGCACCCCUGCCAAUGUGUUCCUGAUGCACCUGGCUGUGGCUGACCUGUCCUGCGUGCUGGUCCUGCCCACCCGCCUUGUCUACCACUUCUCAGGGAACCACUGGCCAUUCGGGGAGAUCCCGUGCCGGCUCACCGGCUUCCUCUUCUACCUCAACAUGUACGCCAGCAUCUACUUCCUCACCUGCAUCAGCGCUGACCGCUUCCUGGCCAUCGUACACCCUGUCAAGUCGCUCAAGCUCCGCAGGCCCCUCCACGCCCACCUGGCCUGCGCCUUCCUCUGGGUGGUGGUGGCCGUGGCCAUGGCCCCACUGCUGGUGAGCCCACAGACCGUGCAGACCAACCACACGGUCAUCUGCCUGCAGCUGUACCGGGAGAAGGCCUCCCAGCACGCCCUUGCAUCCCUGGCCGUGGCUUUCACCUUCCCGUUCGUCACCACGGUCACCUGCUACCUGCUGAUCAUCCGCAGCCUGCGGCAGGGCCCCCGUGUGGAGCGGCGCCUCAAGAACAAGGCAGUGCGCAUGAUCGCAGCUGUGCUGGCCAUCUUCCUGGUGUGCUUCGUGCCCUACCAUGUCCACCGCUCCGUCUACGUGCUGCGCUACCACGGCCACCACACUUCGUGUGCUGCCCAGCGCAUCCUGGCGCUUGGCAACCGCAUCACCUCCUGCCUCACCAGCCUCAAUGGUGCGCUCGACCCCGUCAUGUACUUCUUCGUGGCCGAGAAGUUCCGAGACGCCCUGUGCAACCUGCUGUGUGGCAAGAGGCUUCCAGGGCCACCCCCCAGUGGGGACGGGAAGACCAACGAGAGCUCACUGAGCGCCAGGUCGGAGCUGUGAGCCCAAGGCCACCGCCCUGCCGCCCACCUCCAGAAGGACCACCCCUCAAGCUCACCAAGAAGAAGCCCACCUCCUCCCAGAGGGGCCCCCUUCCCCUGAGAAAAGAAACUGAACUCUAAGAGGGUUACAAUCACCUGGCGCUGUGUUCUGUCUUAUCUGCUAUACCAAUCCCUGACAGGGACAACAGAAGGGACCAGACAGCCACCCUGUGCAGAGACGAGGUUGGACCUGCUCACUCCCGGCUACUAGACACUCAGUGACUUCUCCCCAUGGUGAGGGUAAAAGGAGGCUGGGGAACAUUCUGAACAAUGAGCAUCUUUCCCAAGCACUGCCUGUGCUCCCGACCUCUGUCCCAUGUCAGAAACACAUGGUGAUGAAGCUUUGCAGAGAGAACAGCUGCAAAUUGGCCACAGCUACAAUCGGCCCACCAGGAGAGGGGACACAGGAAUCCUGGCAGAGGGGUGGGGAAGAGCAUCUAAUGAUUUCUUCUCAAGUGCAAGGUGCACCUUUGCGAAAGGACUCUGAACCCUAUAAGCACGUUUCCAGUGGUGGCCAGGUGACAGCCUGCAGCACAGGGCCAGUGGGGCAUGUCAGUGCUGGCACAUUGGUUCUCUGUCACUCCUGCCAGAAACCCACACACAGACCUGUGUGUGCCCGACAAUCCCCAGAGCUCCCCAGCAGCUGCCCGGUCCCUCCCUAGGCCUGGUGGAGCACACAGUGUGAGGGACAGUCACGGGGAGCUGAGCUUUGUCACUGCCUGGUGGGGGAGGGGCACAGCCUGGCUUGUGAACCUGGCUCCCACUAUCCCAGACCCAGCUGGGGUAGAGCUCCACUCCUUCCCAAGAAGCCACCCACCUCAGCUGGCCACGCUUUGAGCUGUUUUGCUUACAGCGUGAUAUGUAUCUCCCUCACGGGUCCUUUUUGGUACUUAAUUAUACUGAUCAUAAACAUAACUGCACUUUAAUAACCGAAGGCUAUUCAGUUUGGUCAACACAACUCCCUUCCCAGAACUUCUCUUCCCUGUGACCCAAGAAUGGAGAAUGGACCCAAAAGUGGAGGCAAAGGCAGGGGUGUGGACUGUGGUUCUGGUGGCCCCUCACAGACUGGGAAGGGGGGGCUUCAGAGUGCCAGCCUGAGCUGGAAGGUGCGAGUGGGGGCCCUGCCUUCCUUUCAUCACAGCCAUACUUUACUUUGUGUGUAUGUGGGGGGGGGGGCCUUGAUGCAAAUUUCCUCACCCAUCCGCUGCACUAACAGCACCUGCUUCCUACUUGCUGUCUGCGGUCCGCCUGCUCCCAGGAACAGCCCCAAGCCUGGGCUGGCCCUGGACUCCUCACUCCUCACUCUCUUCAGCCUCCAUCCUCACCCAUAAACCAGACAAAGUGAGCCAGAAGCCCCUGGAUGGGGCCCCAGGCCCGUGAUGAGGGGCCAAUCUCACCUGCCUGCAUUCUUCACAAAGCCCAGGUCAGCCAGCUCCACGUCACACAGCUCACAGCGGAAGCACCCAGGGUGCCAGUUGUUGUUCAUGGCCUUGAUAACACGGCCAAUGAUGAAUUCACCUGGAAGAGAAAGGUCCCUGCUCACCACCUGCUCUCCACCUCCAAGGCCCCCUCCUGAGCCUGUCCACACUGCCCACUCUGCCUGGUCCCAAUGUGUCCCUCCCAGAGCUUGGGAAGCUGAUGCCCGCAGGGGCUCAGAGGUGAUGCUCAGAGAGCCAGCUCCCAGCCCUCCCACUGCCCAUGCCCAGGGAGGCCUUGCACUCGCCAGCCCUUACCGCAUGACCCACAGCACGGAGCAAACAGCAUCUGGAAGUCAUGUUCGCAGUACUUCCGACCUUCGAACUGCAAAUGAGGCCAGUAGAGAAAGGACAGGAAAGCAGCACCAUUAUCCCCUGAGCCUCACUGGCCGGGCUUUGUUUGGUGAGGACCUGCGGGCAGGGAGGCUGGACAAGCACCUCACUGUGUGCACCGGCUCUCACCACAGGAAGCAUAGGGGGUGGGGGGCUUCCUGGAGGAGGUGAUAAGGAGUGGAGAGGUGGCAGAGGAUCGGGAUACUGAGAGGAGGGAAUUCCGGACAACAAGAAGCUGGGGCAAGGCCUGGAGACAGGACGAGACUGGCCUGUUUGACUUGGGGAGCAUGCAAAGCAGGGGCCUUAAGGAAGCCGGCAGCUCAGCAGGGUCAGCCCCUCAAAGCGCCACUGCUGUUUACUGAGGAUCUUGGCCCUGUUGGUCCAGGGAACAAGCCGAGGGCUGGGGGCAGAAGUUGAGGCCAGGGAGGGCAGGGGUCAAGUGUGAAUUCUCUAUGUCCCUUGGCCCAUUUCCUGUGUUCGAAGCCCCAUUCCCCCAGGGGCCACAAAAGACCAGGCGGAGGGAGACAGAAAGAGGGACACAGGAAGGGGGGGCGAGGAAGAACCCCAAGUCCUACAGCUGCUGUCCCCACCAGUCUGGGCAAGGAGACCCUUGCACUGGCCCCAAGGAUGACCAACACCUGCCUCUGCUUUCUUCUGCCUUGACAAUUCCAUUUAGUUUUCCCCUGUACUCUAACAUGAGUGUCUUAUUAAGCUGCAGCUGGGAAUUCCCGCCAUGGCUCAGCGGUUAACGAAACUGAGUAGCAUCUGUGAGGAUGCAGGUUCAAUCCCUGGCCUCAAUCAGUCGGUUAAAGAUCCAGCGUUGCUGUGACCUGUGGUGUAGGCUGCAGACACAGCUUGGAUCCCACGUUGCUGUGGCUCUGAAGUAGGCUGGAGGCUACAGCUCCGACUAGACCCUAGCCUGGGAACUCCAUAUGCUGUGGGUGCAGCCCUUUAAAAAAAAAAAAAAAAGGCUGCAACUGGUUAGGGCCCCACGCAGUGACCUGGAGAGGCAGCAGGAAUUUAAAUUCAGCAAUGAAUUUUUCCUGAGCACUUAUUGUGUGCCAGUAUUUGUCCUAGGCACACAGCCACCACCCACAGAGCCCUGCCCCCAACCACCACACCUCCACUGCUUUGACUCCUAGCCGGCAUUUCUUAGGAGGCACCACAGAGAACAGCAUCUCCUCCUCUGCUGGGCACAUCACACUCCCCACAACCAUCUAUCAGCCAAUCCCAUCAGCUUCGAGACUCCAAGCACCACUGUUGUAUGCCCAUAAACACCAAACGACCAGCUCCGAAGCUGCCUUGUAGCAUUUACCAAUUUCUAUGGUGUAAAUACUCCUACCAUGGUCAGUUUCAAGCUACCAACGUGACAUUGGUGUGGAGUUAAAGAGAUGUCAGUAGCCACCACGGUACAGUGCUUCGACCACACAGGCACAAUGAUAGUGAAAUGUAAUAAAAUAAUUAGAAAGUGGUGAAA